AUGCGUCAAGCCCGGGGUGAGGUGACCGUCACGCUCCGCAAGCAAGGACUAAUAAAAGUAAAAAUGACAGGAGUGUGGAGCGCCGUGGUUCCUGGCACAGGGCUGGUGGCCGCCUCCUGCGCGGCUGGGAGAGGUGGCCCCGACCAGGACCCCUGGGCCCCUCCACCCUUCUUGCACACUGGCGGACACAGGGAGCCCCUGCCAAGGAGGGAGCGCGCUCAGCAGGUGCCAGGCCCGCAUCCUCCCGGCUUCCGUGCUCCACUGUGCUGCGACAGCGCUCCGGCCUGCAGGGUGGGCUGCACCUGCGCUGAGCCCGGCAGGCCCUGCCCAUCAUCUUCCCCACACCUGCGGGACACCGCGGAGUUCAGUCCCCGCCCGGGAGCCCUCGCACCCUGCAGCGCGCUCGGGCGCCGGGAGGGGGCGCGGCCGGGAGCGCGGGAUUCGAGCCUAUAUAAGGCGCGCGGCCCAGGCCGCUUUCCACCCGCCGCCCGCAUGGCCCCGGCCCGCCGCCCCACCGGCGCGCGCCUGCUGCUCGUCCACGCGGGCCUCGGCGCCCCGGAUCCCGCAGGGAGCCUUGCGCAUCCGCCGCCGCCGGGGGCCCCGCUGCCCGCCGAGAGCCGCGCGCGCCUGGCCGCCCGCCCCUGUGUCAACCCCCAGGACACCUGGAUGCUGUUGGUCAGGCAGAGCAACAAGGGCAUCAACGCCAAGAGGAGCAGAGGCAAGGCCCCGAGGCUGAAGCUCGGCCUGCCAGGGCCCCUCAUCCUGCCAGAGGCUCUGCUGAAGGAGUUCCAGCUGCUGCUCCAAGGUAGGGCGCGAGAGCGCGCGGAGGGCGAGCCGUGCACACCAGGCCCCGCCCAGCCGGCAGCCACCCGGGAGGACGAGGACGAGGACGCGGAAGAAGUGCUGGCUCUGCUGGCCGCGCCCCCGGCCCCCUGCGUGGAGGCCGCGUUCCACUGCCGCCUGCGCCGGGCAGCCCCGGUGGGGCGGCACGCACUGCACGAGCUCAGCUUCUACUACCCCGACGCAGAGGGCGCCUUCCACCGCGGCUCCGGCCUGAACCUGACCAGCGGCCAGUACACGGCGCCCGUGGCCAGCUUCUAUGUGCUCGCAGCCACGCUGCACGUAGCGCCGCUCAGGCGGGGUUCGCCGUGCCCCCGGGACCGCCUGCGCCUGCUCACCUGCAUCCAGUCCCGCUGCCAGGGCAACGCAUGAGUGCCCGGCGUCCGCUCCCUGGAGAGCAGCAGUGAGCUCUUCACCGUCUGUGUCAAUGAUGUGCUGUACCUGCUGGUGGGGCAGUACCCCUCUGUCUUCCUGGACAACGCCAGCGGCUCCACCCUCACCGUGCGAAGUGGCUCCCACUUCAGUGCCAUCCUCCUGGGUGUGUGA